AUGUGCCACAGCUGCACGUGCAAGAUCGGCCCGUCGCUCUUGGCCUCGGACCUCUCGCGUCUCAAGGACGAGUCCCUGAAAGUCGUAGCGGCGGGUGCCGACUACCUGCAUCUGGACGUGAUGGACGGCCACUUCGUACCUAACAUUUCGUGGGGUCCUCCUGUCAUCAAAUCGCUUCGGCCGCACACAACGGCCUUUUUCGACUGCCAUAUGAUGGUGUCGAAGCCAGAGCAGUGGGUACCCGACGUUGCAGCGGCUGGCGGUGAUCAGUUCACCUUCCACCUGGAAGCGACUCAGGACCCGCAGGCCCUCAUCAAGCAGAUUCGUAGCGCUGGCAUGAAGGUCGGACUGGCCAUUAAACCGGGCACAAGUGCCGAAGCUGCGUUUCCAUACGUCGAGCUCGUGGACAUGGUGCUGGUCAUGACGGUGGAGCCAGGCUUCGGUGGACAGAGUUUUAUGGCCGACAUGAUGCCGAAAGUGGAGACGAUCCGCACAAAGUAUCCGGCGCUGGAUAUUGAAGUAGAUGGUGGUUUGGGUCCCUCGACGAUUGAUGCAGCAGCCAAGGCGGGUGCCAACAUGAUCGUCGCUGGAAGCUCGGUGUUCAAGGCUGUAGACACGAAGGCCGUCAUUCUGCGAUUGCGGCACAGUGUCGAGAAAUACGGCAACGGCAAGAGCGACGAGCAGCUGACCAAGCUAUAA